AUGGCACCAUUAGGCGAGAACGUCGAGCAUCGGCCGCCAUUAAAGAUCAUGGUCAUUGGCGACUCCAUUUCGCAGGGGCGCGAAGGCGACUGGACAUGGCGAUACCGGAUAUGGGAGUGGCUGCGCGAGGAGAAGGUGCCUUUUGUGUUUGUUGGCCCGUUCCAGGGCACCGAGCAGCCUGAGCAGCCGUCACCUCCGCGCCCGCCGCCGCUGCCCUGGGAACCGGCGUGGCCUCCAAGCCCCUUUCGCUCCAACGGCGAAUACGCGAGGGGCGUGUCAGCCGCCUUCCACGCCAACUCGUGCCAUUUCGCCGCGGGGGGUCGCCAGGCCGCGCAGGCCAAGGACCUAGUCGCCGAACAGGUCGCCGCCCUCCAGCCAGACCUGUGCCUCGUGCAGCUGGGAUUCAACGAUCUGAGCUGGUGUGUGAGCGGACCUGAGGAUACGCUCGCCAGCGUCAAGUGCUUGGUCGACUGCGCCCGUGCCGCCAGCGUCAAUCCCGGUGGCAUCGCCUUCGCAAUUGCCGACAUUCCGCACCGCACCCCAGUCGAGGGGCGCGAAGACCUCCCCGCCAACACCAAUGUCUACAAUAGCUUGUUGGCACGCGCCAUUCCCGCAUGGCGCACCCCCGAAUCCCCCCUUGCGCUCGUGCGAUUUUGUGAGAAUUAUUCGUGCGGCACGGACACAUCGGCGGGCGCCUACGACGGCCUCCACCCCAACGCGCUUGGCGAGUACGAGCUGGCGCAGGCGUUUUCGCGCGCCCUGGUCGACGGCCUGGGCCUGGGCCGCCGCGCCCUGCGCGUCCCGCCGCACAUCCCCCAGCGCCCGAUCCCGGAGCCGGCAAACGUGCGCGCGACGCCGUCGCCCUGUGGCGUCGUCGUGACCUGGGACCCCGUGUUCGGCGCAUAUGGCUACGACGUGCGCGAGCGGCUCGCUUCUUCGUCGUCGUCAUCGUCGUCAUCUUCAUCUCUAGAUGGUGACGACGACGAUGAUGACGGCGCAUGGACAGCGCAGUACUUUGCGCACAGCAACCGGCAUGACACGACACGCUGCGUCGCUGGCACGGCGUGGGAGUACCGCGUGCGUGCGCGCGCCGGGGACCGCGUGGCGUCGACGUGGAGCGGCAUUGUGCGCGCCGUCGCGAACCCGCAGACGUUACCGGGGCCGGCCCGCAUCGUCACGCACGCCACGGCCGCCGGGUUCGCCGCCGCCUGGGACCCUCCCCCCGAGAGCGGCGGCGACGAGAUCGACCGGUACGGCGUCUUCUGGCUCGACCUCGACGUCCCCGGCGCGUUCCCGAGCGCCGUCGGCGUGCGC